ACCUGUUUCUCUGCUGAAUAAUACAAAUUAAACAAUUCUCUGCAAAUAAACAAAGAAAGAUAUUAAAAGUCAUGUGCCCAUGUGGUGCCUCUCUUCUCUGCGCGUGAACCCUCCCAGCAAAAUCCUUAUUUAUUUUUUUGUAUGUCAGAAAGAGGGUGAGACACCAGUGGGAUCCUAUAGGUGAGGGUGUGUGAUGGUGGUGGAGGUGGAGGUGGUGCAGCAGUUUGUUGAUCUCUAGGCAUUGGUUUUUCACUUUGUUCAAUGAUAUCUUAGAGGGUUAUUUUUUCUUUUGUUUACGGUUUUGUUUGUGCUUUGGUUUUGCAUCACUAGGCAAAGGUGCUGAACACUAUAGUACUUGUUUUGAGUUUGAGUUCGAAGCAAGAGAAAGAAGUAUAAUGUUUCAGCGCGCCCAGAGAGAGAGAGAGAGAGAAGUAGAAGUAGCAAAACCCAAAGAUGCAAACCCGAGGAGAAAGUUUUGGAAAUUGAGGCAAAUGUCGAUACCCAGCUCGAGGCAAAACCUCCUCUUCUCUUCUCCUCCUCCUCCUCCUACUUCAUUAUCUUUCUUUAUCCUUAACACUCUUCUCUCAGCUCUUCUUUUCGCUUCUGCUGCUGCAAUACCAAAUCAUGAAGCCUCUAUUCUCUUUUCUUGGCUACAUUCCUCUCCUUCAAUACCUUCUUCUUUAUCUAAUUGGAACAAUCUUGAUUCCACACCGUGCAAGUGGACCUCCAUAACUUGCUCUCCACAAGGUUUUGUCACUGAGAUAAACAUUCAGUCAGUUCCUCUUCAGAUUCCUUUCUCAUUGAACCUCUCUUCAUUUCACUUUCUUAGUAAACUUGUCAUUUCUGAUGCUAAUAUCACUGGAACUAUCCCAGUUGAUAUUGGUGACUGUCUCUCACUCAAGUUUAUUGACCUUAGCUCUAAUAGUCUUGUUGGAACCAUACCUGCUAGUAUUGGCAAGCUUCAAAAUCUUGAGAACUUGAUUUUGAACUCAAAUCAGUUAACUGGAAAAAUCCCAGUUGAGCUAUGCAGCUGCUUUCGACUCAAGAAUCUGCUUCUUUUCGAUAACCGUCUUGCUGGAUAUAUUCCACCUGAGCUAGGCAAGCUGUCCAGUCUUCAAGUCCUUAGAGCUGGAGGCAACAAAGACAUCAUCGGAAAAGUUCCUGAUGAGCUUGCAGAUUGCAGCAAAUUGACUGUUUUGGGACUGGCUGAUACAAGAAUUUCAGGUUCUUUGCCUGUUUCAUUGGGAAAGCUAAGCAAACUGCAAACACUGUCCAUUUAUACGACAAUGCUUUCCGGUGAGAUUCCUCCUGAUUUAGGUAACUGCUCUGAGCUUGUAAACUUGUUUCUUUACGAAAAUAGUCUCUCUGGAUCCAUUCCUCCUGAGAUUGGUAAACUUCAUAAGCUUGAACAACUGUUGUUGUGGCAAAAUAGUCUUAUUGGAGCUAUCCCCGAAGAGAUUGGUAACUGUACUAGCUUGAAAAUGAUUGAUCUUUCUUUGAAUUCUCUUUCCGGGACUAUACCUAUUUCCAUAGGACGCCUUUUUCAGCUUGAAGAGUUUAUGAUUAGUGAUAACAACGUGUCUGGUUCAAUACCAUCCGAUCUUUCAAAUGCUACCAACCUUUUGCAACUGCAACUUGACACAAAUCAGAUCUCAGGUUUGAUCCCACCUGAACUUGGAAUGUUGUCGAAGCUCACCGUGUUCUUUGCCUGGCAAAACCAGCUUGAAGGAAGCAUUCCUUCAAGUUUGGCUAGUUGCAGUAGCCUCCAAGCACUAGACUUGUCCCACAAUUCACUCACCGGUAGCAUUCCUCCUGGCCUGUUUCAACUUCAAAACCUCACAAAACUUCUCAUGAUAUCCAAUGACAUUUCUGGUGCUUUACCACCAGAAAUUGGUAACUGUAGCUCUCUAGUGCGUUUAAGGCUUGGUAACAACAGGAUUGCUGGUACCAUUCCUAAAGAAAUCGGAGGUCUUGGGAUCUUGAACUUUCUUGAUCUCUCCAGCAAUCGCCUUUCUGGGCCAGUGCCUGAUGAGAUUGGAAGCUGCACAGAACUGCAAAUGAUAGACCUUAGCAACAACAUCUUACAGGGUCCUCUGCCCAAUUCAUUGUCUUCUCUAACCGGCCUCCAGGUCCUGGAUGUUUCAGCUAAUCAAUUUACUGGUCAGAUACCAGCAAGUUUUGGUCGUCUCACAUCACUGAACAAGCUCAUGUUGAGUAGGAACUCAUUCUCUGGAUCAAUACCUUUGUCUCUUGGCCUAUCAUCUAGUCUUCAAUUGCUUGAUCUCAGCAGCAAUGGGCUCACUGGCAGCAUCCCAAUGGAACUGGGUCAAAUUGAAACUCUUGAAAUUGCCCUCAAUCUCAGCUGCAAUCGACUUACAGGACCAAUCCCACCUCAGAUAUCUUCGCUGACUAUGCUGUCAAUAUUGGACCUUUCGCAUAAUAAGCUUGAGGGACAUUUAAGUCCACUUGCAGAGCUUGACAACCUUGUUUCUCUCAACAUAUCUUACAAUGCCUUCAUCGGUUAUCUCCCUGAUAAUAAGCUGUUUAGACAGUUAUCGCCGACAGACUUGGUAGGUAACCAAGGAUUAUGUUCUUCAAUCCGGGACUCGUGUUUCUUGAAGGAUGCUGACAGGACAGGGCUACCAAGAAAUGAGAAUGACACAAGGCAAUCACGAAAGCUUAAGCUAGCUCUUGCUUUGUUGAUCACAUUGACUGUAGCAAUGGUGAUUAUGGGAGCAAUUGCAAUUAUGCGGGCACGAAGAACAAUCAGAGAUGAUGAUGAUUCUGAGUUGGGCGAUUCAUGGCCCUGGCAAUUCACUCCAUUCCAGAAAUUGAAUUUCUCGGUCGAUCAAGUACUGAGAUGCCUGGUGGAUACCAACGUAAUUGGGAAAGGAUGUUCCGGGGUUGUUUAUCGUGCUGAUAUGGACAACGGUGAAGUAAUUGCAGUGAAGAAACUUUGGCCAAAUACAAUGGCUGCAUCCAACGGAUGCAAUGAUGAAAAAUGUAGUGUCCGUGAUUCCUUCUCGACAGAGGUGAAAACACUUGGUUCCAUCAGGCACAAGAACAUUGUUAGGUUCUUGGGUUGUUGUUGGAAUCGAAAUACAAGAUUGCUUAUGUAUGAUUAUAUGCCUAAUGGAAGCUUGGGUAGUCUCCUCCAUGAAAAAACAGGAAAUGCAUUGGAAUGGGAACUUAGAUACCAAAUUUUGCUGGGAGCAGCUCAAGGUCUUGCUUAUUUGCAUCAUGAUUGUGUCCCUCCAAUUGUUCAUAGGGAUAUCAAGGCUAAUAACAUCCUCAUUGGCCUUGAAUUUGAGCCUUACAUUGCUGAUUUUGGCCUUGCCAAGCUUGUUGAUGAUGGUGACUUUGCCCGGUCAUCCAAUACAGUUGCUGGAUCUUACGGAUACAUUGCUCCUGAAUAUGGAUACAUGAUGAAGAUCACAGAAAAGAGUGAUGUUUAUAGCUAUGGUGUGGUGGUAUUAGAAGUCUUGACAGGCAAGCAACCGAUUGAUCCAACAAUACCAGAUGGACUACAUGUGGUGGAUUGGGUGAGACAGAAGAGGGGAGGAAUUGAAGUGUUAGAUCCAAGCCUACUCCCUCGACCGGCGUCAGAAAUUGAAGAAAUGAUGCAAGCAUUAGGCAUCGCCUUGCUGUGUGUAAAUUCAUCCCCUGAUGAAAGGCCAAAUAUGAAAGACGUGGCUGCAAUGCUUAAGGAGAUCAAACAUGAAAGAGAGGAGUAUGCAAAGGUUGACGUGCUCCUUAAGGGAUCACCGGCAACUGAUAAUCAAGAAAAUAAGAAAUCGAGUGGAGUAGUUCCAGCAACAUCAUCAUCAAAGCCAGUAACGCAAAGUCUGUAUCCAAAGAGCAAAAACUCAAGUUUCUCUGUUUCCUCGUUACUAUACUCAUCGUCUUCUAACUCCAAAACAGGUUUCAAGUGAGAAAUUUGAAUGGUCACAAAACUAUGUAGAGGAGAAGCUUGUUUCUUAUAUGUUUCGUCAGUUUGAAACUCUUUGUUCUUUAUAAUGUAAAGAUGGAAACGUCAAUAGCAUUCGUUAUUACUACAUGAAGUACAACGAAUAGAGCCAAUAUAAUAGCAGGCUUUAGCUUUUGGUAUUGUAAUGCUCCACAAGGGUCAGGUUGACACUGAAUAACUUCUGCUUUCUUACAAA